GUAAACGUGUUGUUAGCUUAUACCAUUUAUUUUAACAAGGUGAACAGAUAAACGAGUACCCGUUCAGCUAAUGUGAUACUAUAACAUUUCGUCAGGUUGCGGAUUUUUGCAAGGAGAAGGUUAGCGGGCUAGCGUGCAGCUGAUGAAGGUCUGUUAGCAUUAGCUAUUAGCGUAAGCACUAGCGAAGGAGCCAAAAUAUCAAUAACUCCAGGUAGCGUAUUCAAAUUUAGGUACUCAAAGUCAUUCACUUAUCAUCAUCUACGACUCGGACUAACGCUACUGCGCAGAGGAAUCACUGCAGCACGAAAAAUCAGUGCGAAUUUGAUUCAGAAAGAUACAGUAGAUUGACUACAAAGAGGGCUGAACGUGACAAUGCCGUUGUCUUCCAACACCUGACCGUUGCUGAGAUUGGGCAGCGUUGGAUCAACAGUAAUUUCACCUUGAUAAUCUACUGGUAAAGGCAUAGAGUAUACAACUGGAAAGCCUCCCCAAGGUUGAAACCUAAGGAGCAAGAUGUCUAUCACGAACACUCCCACAAGUAAUGAUGCCUGCCUGAGCAUUGUCCAUAGCCUGAUGUGCCAUCGACAAGGAGGAGAGAGCGAAAGCUUUGCUAAGCGAGCUAUUGAGAGUCUUGUCAAGAAGCUGAAGGAAAAGAAGGAUGAGCUGGAUUCCCUUAUCACAGCCAUCACUACAAAUGGAGCUCAUCCUAGCAAGUGUGUAACCAUACAGCGAACUUUGGAUGGACGCCUACAGGUUGCAGGGCGUAAAGGUUUCCCCCAUGUUGUCUAUGCCCGACUGUGGCGAUGGCCUGAUUUACACAAGAAUGAAUUAAAACACGUCAAAUAUUGCCAGUAUGCCUUUGACCUGAAAUGUGACAAUGUGUGUGUCAACCCAUACCACUACGAGAGGGUUGUCUCUCCAGGCAUUGACCUAUCAGGACUGACCCUUUCAAGUUCAGGUCCACUUUUGGUAAAGGAUGAGUAUGACUAUGACAACCAGCAAUCUCACUCAAGCUCCGAAAGCCACCUGCAGACUAUCCAGCAUCCCCCGUCAAGGCCUGGUCCACAGGAGACCUUCAGCAGCCCCGCUCUACUCCCCCCAUCUGAGGGCAGCACUUCAGCUUCGACCUCUGCUUUCUCUACCAUCAGCGCAGGACCCUCAAAUCCUAACCCCAAUUGGAGCAGAAACAGCAGCUUCACUCCUGCCGUGCCUCAACAUCAGAAUGGGCAUCUACAGCACCAUCCACCCAUGCCUCAUACAGGACAUUACUGGCCUGUUACAAAUGAAAUUGCGUUCCAGCCACCAAUAUCCAAUCACCCUGCUCCAGAAUAUUGGUGCUCCAUUGCAUACUUUGAGAUGGAUGUCCAGGUUGGGGAGACGUUUAAGGUGCCAUCCACGUGUCCCAUAGUGACUGUGGAUGGCUACGUGGAUCCAUCAGGAGGGGAUCGCUUCUGCUUGGGGCAGCUGAGCAAUGUCCACAGGACAGAGAACAUAGAGAGAGCCAGGCUCCACAUUGGCAAAGGUGUGCAGCUGGAGUGCAAAGGUGAAGGAGAUGUCUGGGUGCGCUGUUUGAGUGAUCAUGCAGUGUUUGUGCAGAGCUAUUACCUGGAUCGAGAGGCUGGACGUGCACCUGGAGAUGCAGUUCACAAGAUCUACCCCAGUGCUUACAUCAAGGUGUUUGACUUGCGUCAGUGCCACAGGCAGAUGCAGCAGCAGGCAGCGACAGCUCAGGCAGCAGCUGCAGCCCAGGCGGCAGCAGUGGCCGGGAACAUUCCUGGGCCUGGCUCUGUGGGAGGCAUCGCCCCCGCCAUCAGUUUGUCUGCCGCUGCAGGCAUUGGGGUUGAUGACCUGCGCAGGCUGUGCAUCCUGCGGAUGAGCUUCGUGAAGGGCUGGGGGCCCGACUACCCACGGCAGAGCAUCAAAGAGACACCCUGCUGGAUCGAGAUCCAUUUACACAGAGCUCUGCAGCUACUGGAUGAAGUUCUGCACACCAUGCCAAUAGCUGACCCGCAACCCCUUGACUGAUUUAAAAGACACGAACUGCACAAAAAAGACAAACAAAACAACAAAAAACAGACUGUACUUUUAACAGACCACUUCACCUUUAGGCCUGGAGUGCCGAAGGAGGACUGCAGCGACAGGGAUUCUGAGUAGGUUGUAGGAACAAGGACAUAAAGGCCGGCAAUAUACUCCAACAUGUUGCUCUCAAAUCCAGCGCUGUGAGCAGUUGGCAGUGUACUGAGUGAACCUUUUAGUCUGUAAAUUCAGUGACUUCCAAACAACAGCUGGAGGAACAUGUGAGUCACUCUGGGAGGAGUCGUAGUUCUUAACAUGCUGCCAAGAGGAUGCACAUGAAAAGGAGGACAGCAUUCUGACAUUGUUCACAGUGCAUAACAGCAUAAAGUGAACAAGGCUUUGUGUCUCUCAAGUCAUCCAAAAAUACUCACACACUUAAAGAACGUGUCCACACAGGCAAUAAAAGAUACAAAACACCUAUCAAAUAUUUAAUUACCCUUAGUGUUAUACAGAACAAAUGCAUCUUCAUUGUUAGCAUUCCUUUAUUGGACUAUUAAGUAAGAGGGCACACUAUUUGACUUAAAACCAAUUAAGAUGAGCCUAAUGUGGCACCUUGUCUUGGAUUUUAUGUACCCUGUCUGACCACACUAAAUGUUGGAUUAUACCGCCAGUCCAGUCCUCCUUCAGCAGCUCUCUGGUUCUUAUAUGCCCCCCCCUCCACAGGUCACAACAUUUAUGUAAAUGUUUUUGGUUACUCAUGUUUUUGUAAGAUGUAGUCUUAAAUAUUUUUCAAUGCUGGCAGUCCUUCUUUGACUUUAUUUACUUAUAUUCCCCGUUUGAAUAGUUGUUUUUAAAUGACGUGAAGAGCAUUUGAAGAGCCCAUUUUAGCUGAUCUCAGCUUCUCUUUCAACACUAUAAAAUGGUCCCAUUAUUCUACCACCAGUCAAGGCUGAUGUUUUCUAUUGAAGUUUUUCCAUCCUAAAAUUUAAUUGAAACGAUAAAAGAUUUUCAAAAGAAAAGGUUUAUUAUAAUACAUCUCCCAAAUCUGAUUUGUAAUUGUCAUUCUUCUGAUUACAUGCCCACAGUGUCCAUUAGCACUUUAUUUAAUUUGCCUAAGUAUCUUGUCUUGUUUCAUAGUAUGUGUGGUUACUUGUUGUACCAUAUGAUCUCUUAGCGUAGUUGAAACAUUUUUCUUGCUGAUGACCUUGGUGAGACCCAUGAAAAAUGUGCUUCGUGUUUUCCCAAAAUUGGUGUUUUAAGUAUCAAACACAGCAGGUUUGAAAGGUGUUUUGUCAUUCUGCUCUGGCAAAAAGACGACGGUUUGGAACAUAUUGAGUUGUAGGUCGUGAAAUUUGACAUCUUGUCUGCGUGGGAUGAAUGAUCUGUUAAACAACCACCUAUCAAACCUACAGGCUGUGAAUCUUUGAUUAUCCAGAUACAGUUUGGGUGGAGCAUCACUUUAAAAUGGCUCAACCACCCAUUUUAAUUUGAGUAUUAUGUGGAUGACACUUCAUGAAACAUAUUCCAGACAACAGCUGAGUAAAGGAAGCAAGUGAUGAACUGUGAGAGGAAGUUUAAGCCAUAUUGAUGCCAAAUAUACCCUAUGGAGAGUGAAACGGUUAGCAGGCUGCAGUCAUCUCAGUGUUACAUCGCUUGUAAAAGGUUUUAAUUAUCAGCGGAAUGAUUUUAGUUUUUGCUCAGCACUAUUGAUCAAACAGUAUUUUGGUAUUUGGAGCUCUCUUUACCUACAGCUGUUGCAGUAUUUUAUACUCUUUUGCUACCUUUACAGUAAUGAACCACUCUGGUCAUAAUUGAAAAUGAUUUAAAAAAAGAAGAAUGCUGUACAAUUUAGAGGAAAUGCAAGUUCAUCUUGAUCUUUACAGUUGUGUCAUACAUUCUGAAUACAUACGGAGUUUGAAUGAUGUUGGUGUUUAUAUAUGGUAUAUGGUUAAAUAAAAUUUAACGGGCUAAC